AUGCUUAACGAAAUUGUAGCCGAGGGCUUCGACAACCCGCGUACGGUCCUUUCCGUCGCACUCACGGCAACCGCCCUGUUCGCCUUUUAUCGUCGUUGGAAAGCUUCUCGAGAGUUGAAACUUCCGUUCCUGAAAUUUGAGGAUGGCGAUGACUCAAGGCAGAGGUAUGUGGCAGAGAGUGGGAAGCUGCUCAAGCUUGGAUACGAAAAGUAUUUGAAACAUGGCAAAGCAUUCGCGAUGCGAAACUACAUCGAUGAAUUAUCUCCUCAGGUCUACCUGCCAUUGAAGUAUCUCGACGAAUUCAAAGCCGCGCACGAGUCGGAACUUAGUUUCCCUUAUUUCUCAGAAUUGCUCUUCUCGCAAAAUGAAAUCGGCAUGGCGAAGGUCACGGAGGAGGCAUCCCAUGUGAUGCGGACGGACUUGAUCAGAAAUCUGCCCACUAUAAUUGCGGGCGUCAAGGCCGAGUGCUCGGCCAUUUUCGACAAGAUGAUUCCCUUGACUCCAGAUUGGACCCCUGUGACGCCAUAUCCCAUCUUUGCCUUCGCCGUAGCUCGGCUUUCCGCUAGGGUCAUAGGCGCCCCCGAGCUCGGCAAAAACGACGAAUGGCUCGGCAUCUGCCUCAGCUUCACGCAGAAGUCCAUGGAGGCCGCCCACGCCCUCCGCGCCUCAUGGCCCCCCUAUACUCGCUGGGCAGCACGGUGGUUCUCGCCGGCCGUGAAGAUAGUCCUCGCCGACCGGAAGCGUGCCACUGAGAUCAUCACGCCUGUCCUAGAAGUCCGGAGGCAGGCGUCCAAGCUACCCCUCGAGAAGCGCCCGCGGUUCAAUGACGGUGUGCAGUGGUUGAUGGAGCAUUACGACGCCCAGAAUCGCAAGCUUACGCCUGAGAUCCUGACCGAGCACGAGCUUUUCCUGGCCGUCGCUUCUAUCCAUAGCAGUUCUUCCAUUACUUUAUCCAUCCUCUACGAUCUUCUAGAUGAAAAGCACGUGGAUGCGAAAAAAGAGAUACUUGAUGAGAUCGAGGCCGUUUCAAAUGAAUACCCCAGUUGGACUCGUCCUGCCGUCGCUAAGCUUCUGAAGCUGGAUAGCUUCAUGAAGGAAAGUCAACGUCUUCAUUUUAUGGGCCACGCACGCGUCACUCGCGCAGCCCGAGUUCCCUUCACUUUUGCAGACGGUCUCCACCUGCCCAGAGGCACAAUGGCGCAAGUACUCCACAGCGGACCUCAGACAGAUCCUGAGUUCUACGAAAACCCAGAGACAUUUGACCCAUGGCGCUUCCUCCACAAGCGAGAGACCAUUGACCCUUACAAGUUCCAGUUCGCGAGUCUGUCUAACAUAGAGACCACGUUCGGCGCCGGCUUCCACGCUUGCCCAGCACGUAACUACGCAGCCGAUACGCUGAAGCUAAUUCUCGUGCACCUUCUGACCACCUACGAUAUCAAGUAUGCCAAGGAGAGUCAGACUCGCCCCCUGGACGUGAACCACGACAAUGCUACGCUCCCAGAUUUUACCACAGAGCUUUUGUUCAAAGGGAAGAAUCCCCCCUCUGGCUAA